CUCUCUCUCUCUCUCUCGCUCUCUGUGUGAAUGUUAGAUACAGCUCGACUUCUCACGAAGUUAGGAAAUGGUGUAGACACCACGGCGGUGACCUUCGCCCAUAGAUGAGAGUAAACACCGAUGUGUGUGUGUUGAGAAGGUGGGGGGGAGACAGAGCAGCUGUCUGCCUCUGGCUUAAGGUCCAUGUGUGUGUUUCUUCUUCGUAUUUCGGCUGGUAAGAAGCAUGGAUAAAACGCACAGCUGGUUGUGGAGUGCGACACACCUGGAUCCUGCUCACCGAUAACGGGUGCAAAGAACUGCAAAAAAGUGAGGAACCUUCCUAGACACCAUCCUCCAGGAUUUCUUCAGGAUCACUUCCAGCACUCAUCCUAAAAGCUGACUGUCAAACUGGCUAAGUUAAACUGAAGUGAGUCCCUCCACCAGUCUCCUCAGCUGCCCCUGAAUUCAUUUUAUGUCCUCCUAACUCCCAAACACACACCUCCCCAACAAUGAGGAGCACCAGAUCAAACCUGCUGCUGGGCUGCGUGCUCCUCUGCUCCGUCUCCCUUCUCUACCUGGGGAUGAGCGGGGUAGACUGCCCUCCGAAAAGCCAUCGGCGCCGAUGGAUGGAGCUCACUCUGGGCUCAGGCAAUCAGAGCUUAUCCCUGACUGAUCACUUCCCAGAAGACACACCCAUUAUCUUCAUUGGGGGCUUCCCCAGGAGCGGCACGACACUGAUGCGCGUCAUGCUGGACGCCCACAAUGCCGUGCGGUGUGGAGAAGAGACCCGAGUGAUUCCCCGCCUCUUGACCAUGAGGGCCACUUGGAGCCGCUCAGUGAAGGAGAGAAUACGACUGGAUGAGGCCGGCGUCACUGACCACGUGUUGGACUCAGCUGUGCGAGCGUUCCUGUUGGAGGUGAUAGUUGGUCACGGGGAGCCUGCGCCUCGCCUUUGCAACAAGGACCCGUUUGCACUGAAGUCUCUGUCUUAUUUGGCUCACAUCUUCCCGAAAGCAAAGUUUGUGCUCAUGCUACGAGAUGGACGGGCAACUGUGCACUCAAUGAUAUCACGCAAGGUGACCAUCUCCGGUUUUGACCUGACCAGCUACAGGGACUGCCUAACAAAGUGGAGCAGUGCGGUGGAGACCAUGUUCAGCCAGUGCCAGGCGGUCGGAUACACUAGGUGUCAGCCCAUCCGGUAUGAGCAGCUUGUCCUCCACCCAGAGGAGGAAAUGAGAAAGUUGCUGCACUUUCUGGAUUUGCAGUGGGACCCAUCGGUGCUGCACCACGAAGAGCUGAUUGGAAAGGCUGGUGGCGUGUCUCUAUCAAAGGUGGAGCGUUCGACAGACCAGGUGAUGAAGCCAGUGAACACGGAGGCACUGUCCAAGUGGGUGGGGCAAAUUCCCCCUGACGUGGUCAACGACAUGGCUGAAAUCGCUCCCAUGCUAGCUCGCCUGGGCUACGACCCCCAUGCCAACCCUCCCGACUACACAAAAACGGAGCCCCUGGCACCUGAGUUCAACUACUCACACAAAGCAAAAUCAGCAGAUGUUCCUCACCCCAGCUAAGCAUGGCUGUGAUGUUCAGCAAUAUGGAUGCGCCGCAACGACAGAUUUCAAGUUCUGGAGGAGCUACACCUGGCGGGAAAGAUUUAAGUGUUCCAUGUGUGUUUCUGAGUCGUUCGUAAGACUCGUGUGCGGUGUCCGUGUCUGUACACUGGCGGAGUGUUUAAGAUGCAGGUCUGGAGUGGACUACCUGCUCAGGGAAGUUCUGCUUCUUCGCCACUCAUCGUUCCACCCCUCCAGGUCGAAUCUGUGUUUCAGCUCGACCAUCAUGUCAGCUGUUAUGACCUCACCAUCACAAUGUGAAUCUGUCUUCAGACCAAUCCCUCACUCGCUGGGAGCUCGGUGUUCGUGAAGCAUAAUGACUGUAUAUUUUUUGAAGACGUAUGUUUAUUUUCUUAAUAAAUUAUUUUGCUGUUACCCAUUCAGGAAUUUCAGAACUGGAACAAUUUCUAAUUGUGGUAAAUUGUUGAGCAUUAUUAAAAAGAAAAUAAAUGUCA